AUGUUUUUGGUGUUGUGGGGUAAUUCCCAUGUGCUCCUUUUUGGGUUUGGAGGAAUUCCCACAGUAGGUGGCCAAAAAUGCAAAAAUAUUGGGUGUGGGGAAGGCCCUGAUAUGAGGAGCCAUCUAUUUUUAAUGCCCCUGAUUACGGUUGACUAUGUGUAUCAGGCUCACUGUCAUGCAGCUAUUACCUUAUUGUCCGCUAUUGAGAGUAUGGUUUUUGGUCUGGUCAACUAUCAAGGUAUGGCUUGUUACAUAUGUGCUGCCACGCCAGUGCGAGCGGAUGAUUUCGGAAACAUGCAGCCAUCCCUCCCUGACAUCAUAUCCUCUGAUCUGUUCAUGGACUCGGACCCUUAUGAUGUGGAUGCUUUGGACCAUGGUUCAUUUGACGAGUCACAGCCUCCAUCCACUCGUGUCCCAAACCCAAGGGCAGAAAUCAACAUGGAGAAUGUCUAUAUCAUUACAGCUCCAAAAAAUGAUCAAUUCAUCCAGAACAUCCUUGCCCAGUACCACCACGACAACAUCACAAAUUGGAAAAAGAUCAGCCGCCUUCUCAAGGCUGAGCACGGCAUAACUAUGAGGCAACUGCUGGUUUCGCUUGGACCACAUCAUCAAUGGAGUGGUGAUGGGCACAACAAAUUGAGCAAGAUAGGGUAUCCCAUAUGGGCCAUCCAUGAUCGGUGGUCUGGAAAAUGGUUGGGAAUGUGGGUAGUUCCGAACAAUCGUCUUAAGAUGACAAUCACCUACCUCUACUUAUCUCUUGUCUACAAGAUUGGUGGAAUGCCGCUUCAAACAACAACUGAAAUGUACAGUUUUGCCAAUGCAUUAAGAGUAUUCACAACAUCACAAUUGAGUGUGGCUGGCUUCGUGUGUUACGACUGGGAUCGGUCGUGCUAUCAAAGUCCGAAUGGACAGUCGGCGGCUAAGACGAGUGUUGCUGGAACGGGCACGGACUGCAAGGGAACCAAGGCCAGACCUCUAUGGCGGGAGGCUACGGCUCUGUCUAUCGAGGACAGACUACGACACACGCGAGGACUACCGACUACGAGCCAGGACUCCUGCCACCACGCCAGGACCCCUGCCACUCCUGUCCUGUUCUGCCAGAGCGCCCCGCUACAUAUGCCACCCCUCCAAAUGCAACCGUCCGCGGUUGCACAACGAAAGACGAACGUGCGGGAGUGCGGAAACCUGCGCCAGACCACCACCCUGGUACACCUCCCCCCUCUCCAAAUGCAACCGUCCGCGGUUGUACCACGAACGACGAAUGUGUGGCCGCAGUCCGAAAAUGACGAGAAUGCGGCGGCUGAACGAGACGGAGAGGUUUUUGACACCGGCAAAAUGUUGGAUAGCGUCUCAAGUGUGAGUGAUGUGGGAGUACUGCAAAUACUGUGUGAGGGAGUUGAACAUGAGUCCGCAAACGACGACGCCGGUACUGAAGACUGGACCAUGGGUUGCGACAGGAAGUGCGAAGGGCCGAAAAAUCGCGCGAAGGUCGAGUCUGAGCAACUGUGUAGCACACAUCAUCUGCCCAAGUGGGCGGGGCAGUAUGAAGGAUGGCAACAGUACAGACAAACUCCAUGCCUUCAACUGCGCAAUGUCAGCGUCUCGACGAUUCCUAUCUUCCAACUUCUCACAACUCCGCUGGAGCUUGAUGCUGGGAACUCGUAG